CCAAACUCUGCUGCGGAAAACUGCGUGAGCCAAAAGCUGGCAGAAAAUGGAAACGCUUGUGCUUAUCACUCUGCAUUUUUCAGUGGGGUGAGCCGGAGUUGAAAAUUUUUUACCAAGGACGAAAGAACAACGUCGCUAAAUGGAGGCGACUAUCUUAUUUCUUUAUUUGAUCGCCGUAUUUUUGAGACAGGCAAAGUGUUUGCCAGUAUGCAGUAUCGAGGCUGUGGAGAUGGUGAAGUCAUUCUUGAAACUACACCCAAUGGAAUUGUAUGAUUGCAAGCUAUAUACCCCAACCCUAAAUCAUUAUGAGCAGAACUGUUCCAAAUCCAUGCUAACAUGCUUUGCAAAGGAAGCACGAGUUCUUAUUGAAGAGACUCAGAAGAAAUUUUCUGCAUUACCCAGAAUGCUCUUGGGGCUCAGAAUACGAUUGCAAGACAAGAUGAAGACUUGUCCAGACUGUGAGGUCUACAAAGAAGAAAAAGCAGAGAUUUUCCUAAACACUUUACUUAAUGUUUUGCAAAUGAUGAAUUCAAAGGAUGCAUGCUCUAGGUAGAUGGAGUCAUUAUCUCUAGAACAUGCUGACGAUUUAGACUGGAUUUUUUGGUCAGAGUGAAAGAACACACAUAAACGCAGCAUAUAAAUUUUGUUUAAAUAACAAUAGAUUUUGUCAUGUUUUUCAGCAUAGGAUUGUAUUUCAUACCUUAUAUUAUAACUUAGAAUUAAAAAUAUAGUGUAUCCCUGUUGUAGUAAGCAGUUUUGACUCCAAAGUACCUCCAGGAAGACUAACCUUGUGAAAUAAAUUAAAAGCAGCAGACAAGACAAAAUUCAUGUUUUGUAAUUAUUUUGGCUUUGUGAAAAGUUUUGUGUUAAAGGUUUUUAUGUUUGAGAAUAAAUUUAUUGAAAUUGAAUGUGUACCGGCUACAUUACGUGGUACUUAAACAUCAAGCUGUAAGACACAUUAAACUCACCAAAGCUGCAGCAUAUGCAUGGCAGAUUAUUUCUCUCUCUUUUUUUUUGCUGCUUCAGCUACCCUGACGUAGUUGAGAUUUACUGUACUAGCCAUCAGUAAGCCUUUCAAAAUGUCAAGUGUUGUAAUUAUUGCUCUUCAUUUAUUUACUUUUUUUUGCCUACUGUUUGUUACAACUCUAGCUAGUGGUAUCUGUGAGGUAUGGCUGGAAGUAAUGCAAUGGAAACAUCUUUGAAAGAAAUCACUCAAAAUAAAGCAGAGGUAUUAGAGGUUA